AAGCAAAAAAAAACAAAAAAGAAAAAAGUAAGAACAAAGUUGAUAUAAUUCAAGUAAAUUAAUUAAGCCCAAACUUAAAAAUGAAUCACUGCAAACAAAAUUCAAUGCAAAAAUCCACAAAAAAUAAAUAAAAUUCCAAUAAUAAAAAAACAAAAAAAAAAGCAUUGGAAUACGUUUAACACUUUCGUAACUUUCCCCCCCACACAUAUACUACACACACUUGUACAUUGAUGGCGAGUGCAGCCUGGAAGCAUGCCGAACCGAAGAUGGGCACCACAAGUCCAACCGGUACCGCUGGUGCUGGACGCUCAAUUGUCGCCACGCAGCCAACCGCUGGCGCUGGUGGUCUGCCAUCACCGCCACCAUCAACGUUGGCGUCAACAGCCAUUGCAACCGGUGGUAAGCCAGUGCCUGGCUCAACAUUGCGCUGCCUCGAUGACCCCAUCUUCGAUGUGGACAUUGGCCAUUUGGGUGGUGGAGGUGGUGGUGUUGGUGGUGUCAGCGCUGGUGGCGGUGGCAACACUUCGUCAUCGUCCACGUCGACCACCACGGCGGUGACAGCACGCACCACGGCGAACGAUGUGCUAGAAAAGGCUCGUGACCGUUUCGAUCGCUUCUGGGGCGGCAGCAAGGAGGAGCAUGUUUAAAUUGACGCGCCUACGAAUCCAAUGACAAUGAUGAAACAAUUGCAAUAAUGUAAUGAAAGACGCUGGUCGAAAUGAUGUUGGUGGUGAUGAUGUUGUUUAUUAUAUGAUGAAAAGAAAAUGUUAUUGUUAUUAAGAACAGGCAGGCGUAUUGCGGUUAGAGUUUUGAGAUUCAGCAGAGAUCAAAUUCAUUAAAUAACUUUUAUAAUAAUUAUAAUAAAAAGUAAUUACUAUUAAAAUGUGUAACACAAAGUGCACAAGUAAUAAUGAAAGCAAAUACAACAAAUAAGAGAACAGAAAAAAGUAUAAACACAAAAACUAUGUACGUGUGAAAAAAAUAGCAAAAAAGUAAAAAUACUUGCAUAAAAGUCAUAGCAAUAAUAGCAAAAUCUAUGUAUGUAGUGUUUCAGACUAUAUUACUUCACACAUAUGUACACACAAGAAACUCUUACAACAAUGCAAAUUACAUGUAAGCAAACACUUUGUUGGCGUUGCGCUCUUUAACGCCACACUAAUUGAUACACUCAGCGGAAAAUUUCAUGGAAAAAGCCACAGGGCAGCAGGUAGGAUUUCAAUUCAUACUGUUUACUAAGUCUAAAUGCAGCUAAGUGAAAAGUGUUACUAAAUCAAGCAAUAAAUACAACAAUUUUAAACACCAAAAUAUUUUAAUCAAAAUUAAGGAAGCCAAGCAAGCAGCUUUGAAGUCACUCUAUUAAUUUAUCAGCGAAAUUUUCAGGUUAUGUCAGGUGUAUAAAAAACUAUUUUCAAUUUUCGGCAUUAAUUUAAAUACUAAGCCGGAUUUUCAAUUUAACAUGGAUUAAAUGAAGUUAAUUAAACUCUUCACUGUGGCAGAUGGCAACCCUGUUCAGUUGAUAUUUUAAAAUUUAUAAUAUGUUGUCAUGUGUAUAAUAUAUCAUUAUGUAUACUAACACAUUUUCUUGAUCUAAAAAACAUAUUUUAAUUGUCUGAUAAACAUUUUGUAUUCCACAUGUUAAAGUAUAUAAAUCUCAUUACAAAUCCAACUUUGGAAUGGAUUAUGUUUUAUACUAAAGUUCACAUUUAUUUCGCAUAUUUUGUCUAAAUCCCAAUACAUAUAUUUAAUUACAUAUAGAUAAGUAUUACUGGAGAUUUUGGAUAUCACUGCUGAAAUCGCCAAAUAGGAAAAAAAAACAGAUGUUUGUUUCUACCGAAUUUUUGCCUUUUAAAGCAAUAACACAGACAUAUGCUCGCUCUAUAUUUGAACUUAGAAGAAAUUCUGACAGUUUCGCACUACUGGGUAAUUCUCUAGGGUUGCCAUUGUCAUUACUCCUUCAAUUGGCCUGAAGCGUUCACAUUUGACGCGGUGAAUAUGUGUACUGGGACAAGUAAACUUUUAAUUUAGGCUCAACAAACACCGGAUUAGCCAAAAACGUCUUUGUCUAAUAAGACAUAAAAUCGUAUUCUGCUCUAACCCACACCAAGCGAAUAUGCGUCACAUAUAGCUAAUAGAUCAACUAACCGGCCUCUGCUCGAUUAAAACCCUUAUUAAGAUCGAUUUACUUUACAAAAUAAAAAUCUACGUUAAUUUUUGAUUGAAUUUUAAUCAACUUGAGAAUGAAAUCUCAGCAGUGUAAAAGACAAAAAAGAGUUUUUCAAUACAAAUUUUGAUUGAUCAAUUAAUUUGGCUGUCUAAAAACGCUAUAACGUCAGUUGUCGUAUCAGACAAGAAAAGACGUCUUGACUAAGCCGGUGUGGGUUGAGCCUUAAUCAUUAACACAUUAAGCUUAUUUUGAAUCGCCAAGUAUCGUUGGUUAAUUUGUACUGUUAUUGCCACUUCAUUUAAAAGCUAAACUAUGCCGGAUGGGUUACUUAUGCAGAUCUGAAAGUCGGAGUUCUAACAUAAUGUUAAAUAAUACUGGUUCAAAAAUUUAAAAUUGAGAAAAAUUGCCAGCAGGUUUUGAGUUAAAAUAUAGUUGUUUUUUCUUUACGUGGAAUUUCAUAGGGCAGACAUUUGUAUAUUAUUUUCAAGUUUCAAACUAAAGUGAAAAAUAUGUUGGUUUAUGUUUCAAGUAGUCGUACGACCAUAACCUUACUAAAAUAUUAACUGAAUCUUUGUGGCAUAUAAGCUCUACAUAUAUAUAUAUAUAUAUAUUUAGAAAAUGUGUUCAAUUGUCUAAGAACUCAUUAAUAAUAAGCUCAAUAUGCAUGUACUUAUGUAUGUAAAACUCUAAAAUAGUUGUUUUUAAUUUAUAAUAUUUUUGGUAAAUUAAUUAAAUGUAUGCCAAUACGAAAUAUAUCAUUUGCAGCUUAAGACAAAUAUACAAAUAUAAAAACAAAUUGAAUUUGUGCGCAAGCAAAUGAAGUUUUUAUUGCUAAUUACAGACAAAGAGAGCAGACAGAAGUAAGGUAUUGGGAGACUUUGUUUAAGUUAUUAAAAGAAGAAUUAAUUAACGGUCUAUUACUAUUAAUUAUACUUUCAUUCUCAAUAACUAAAAAACAAAUAUAAUUUCUUUUUUUAACUUAUCAAUAAAAUAUUAUUUUUUUAUUAAGUUAAAAACCCUUCAUUUAAAAUAAAUAUUAAUUAUUCUUAUAUUUUAUAUAUAAUUAUUUUUCUGAUUGAGCCUGCCUACGAUACUGCUACGAUUAAGAGUGUGACAUAUGAAUCAUUUAAUAAUAAUUAAUCCACAUUAAUGCAUUAAGAUACACAAUUAAAUAUUUCUAAAAAAAAUCAAAAAAGCAAUCAUCAUUAUAUCAGAAACAUCAUCAUCACUUCAUAUUUGAAAAGUAGGCAUCAGAUAAACGACCCGUCCAAACGUAAAAAAAUACAAGCUUGAAUGAAAAACUAUAAAUAACUAAAGUAAAGUAAUUUUAGAUACAAAAGUAAAACGAUAACUACGCACUAUAAUUACUCCUUAAGUGGUAUGCGAAAACAGUAUUUCAGGAAGUAUAUUGAAAAGUCAAAGUUUCCGUCAGUUUUAAAUUUUGUAACGAAACUCAAAAGUACAUACAUAUACCAGUUGGUAUAAUCUACGACUAUUUUCUGAAAUAAAUAUUACAAUAAUAACAAAUACGAUAUACGUAUGUAACGGUGCGUUUGCAAGACAUGUGUGGGGAAUUUUCGCAUUGAAAAGUAUUCAGUUGUGUGAUUAUUUUGUGGUAGAUCUCUGUGGAAGAGCGAUACGUUUUUAUAGUGAAUUUCAAAAAUUAUGUGGAUACAAAUACCAUUACUUACUACCAUUACUGACGUUGCUGUGGAGAGAGGAAUAUAAAAUAAUUUGAAGAUAAAAUAUUCUUAGAGGAAUAUAAAAUAAUUUGAAGAUAUCAAAGUAAAUUAACCAAUACAAUUAUUUAUGGCAUUUACUAUAACUAUGUAAGCAUUAGUUUGGAAAAACUCGAAAGAAGUAAUGAAAAUUAUUAUUUAGAUAUAUUUUUUAAAUUUAUUUUGAAAAAAGAAAAUUAAUAGGAUUUUUGAGUAUAAUUACAAACAAAUACAUUUUUGCUAAUGGGUUUUUAAUUAAAAUUUUCAAUAUGAAUAAAUAUUAUUUUUACAGAUUUUCCAAUUCCUCACCUAUAUUUUUCUAAUUUUGAAUAAUAUUUAAAGUUGCAUGUUAAAAAAUGUAACAUAAUUUGUACGCAAAGAGAGUUGAUUUAUUAAGCAUCAAGUAGCCUUUACGUAAUGCCUCAAUAAAUGCAUAUAAAAUAAUUGUUAAAUUUGUUAUAUUAUAGAUGUAAUGCUUGUUGAUAUAAGAAUUAUUUAAAUAAAAAUUUAUUAGCACCUAAAAGCAAAGCGGAGAGGUGUGGCAGUCAUUUCUGUAACUCAGCUUACACUCUUCCUAACAGACUAAUAAACCAAUUAGAUUUGGGAAAUUUUUAAGUUGGACUUCUCAGACUAUAUAAAAUAUUCUUAUUCUUAUUCUUAUUAUGAUUUAUGAUUUAUGAUUUAUGAUUUAUGAUUUAUGAUUUAUGAUUUAUGAUUUAUGAUUUAUGAUUUAUGAUUUAUGAUUUAUGAUUUAUGAUUUAUGAUUUAUGAUUUAUGAUUUAUGAUUUAUGAUUUAUGAUUUAUGAUUUAUGAUUUAUGAUUUAUGAUUUAUGAUUUAUGAUUUAUGAUUUAUGAUUUAUGAUUUAUGAUUUAUGAUUUAUGAUUUAUGAUUUAUGAUUUAUGAUUUAUGAUUUAUGAUUUAUGAUUUAUGAUUUAAUUAUAAACUCCUUUUAAGUCCGCAUCAAUGGCCACUCACUUAUACGUUAUCACACUCUGAUCUCUUAAAUUAAAAUAAUAAGUUUGUUAAUCAGCGAGUUCAAACAUACUUUAUAUAGCAAAAAUAUUAUGAAUGUGAAAAGUGGUUUAUAUUUACUCUGAUAUACGAGUAAGUGUAUCGAAAUCACUUUGUUUAAUAGUAUAUGCAUACUAAGUAAUUAAGCUUAAACUAAUCAUAAUUUAUUGGGAAUAAUACAAAAUUUAAGCAGAAAUUCUUAUAUUGAAGCUGUGUUGUUUAUUUCGAAAAUAUUUCGGUAUUGUUUUGAAAUACUUUGAAGGCAGAGUAGAAAAACGAUUAAAAGCAAAAAAUGUAUUUAAGAAUGCUUGCAAAUAUAUAUAUAUGUGCAUUUGCAUACAAUCUGAUUAAUUGCAGCAUAUUUUGCUUUUUUAGCCGAAAAAAUUACGUUGCGAGGUAAAUUUUUUAUUUUCAUAACUUUCGCAUUUGGAAAAUCUCAUUACCAAAAGUAAACAAAAUGAAACUACAGCGUAGGCGAAUGUGAAAUUAAUACAAAAUAGAUAAAUACAUAGUGGCAAGAAUUUAAAUGUAUGUAAAACAAAGCAAAAAAAAAAAAUAUAUCUCAGUAGCAAUAGAAAUAAAAUUAAAUUCUCAAUAAAAAUGGUAUUAAAAUAAGAAAAGAAUAUUACUAAACUUCAAAGUUUUAAAAUCUAGUUAGUGACAGCAAAAUCAAUUUUUUUCACUGGCAAGCCAUAUAGAACACAACAAAAUAAGAAAACCAAUCAAUAAAUAAUAAACAGAUUGAUAAAUUAGGUACAACCAAUAUCCAUUGAAAUUUUGAAAUCAGAUGCGCAUGCAGUUUAAUGUCUAGCAAUAUAUGUACUCAUGGUAGUGUAAUAGAAAAAGAAAUAUUAGGAAUACACAAAUUCCUAACUUAUAAAUUAGUAAACAAGAUAAAACUAAAAUAUAAUAACUGACAAAAGCCAUAAAUAUGAAGAAAUAAAACAAAAUUAUAGUUUCUAAAAAAUGGAAAGGGUUCAUAUUAAUAUUGUAUUUAUAAUCUUUAUUUUCUUGAUUUAAUAAUUUUAAGGAUAUUGUAAUAAUGUCACAUAAGUUGGAUUUGGAUUUAAGUUAGCUUAACUUUAUAGUUAGUGUAGUAAAUCACGAACUUCGAAUGACGGCUGAACGAGAGAAAAUAUUCUCUUCACUGCGAAGUCUUUCGGUCCAACCAUAAAUGAAGAUGUUGAUCUCAACCCAAAGCCCAAAGUGUGGGCUCUAUUUUAAUACUUUUUUUAGUUAAUUGGUCGUUUCUUUGAGGUUUCAUAAUGUGACGCCCGUUUUGGGAAACCAUAAAGGGUAAGUUUUGGUUAAUUGCAUAACCUCGAGGAAUACUUCUAUCACAAAAAAGUAGAACUAUAAAUGGGAAACUAGAAGUGGGAUCAGCAUAUAUAAUUUAAUUUUUAUUUUUAGUUUGAAGAGUAAAUGUGUGGUUUAUUUUGUUUAAGCACUGGUAUAUUUUAAACACAAAUAAUGAGAGCUAAUAAAAGUAAGGACUUAAAAAUGAAAAGAAACAAAUAAAAAAGUUUAUAAUUAAAAAAGAAACAGCAAAAGGCAGAAUUUCAAAAAAAUUAAUUUGCAAAACAUAGAAAUAAAACGUUAAAACAAAAAAUCUUCACUAAAAAUAAAAAACAUGCUAGGUAUUUCAGAAUUUUAUUAGAUUUUUGUAAGCAUAAAAAGUGGCUAAAAAAUACUAAAAAAUUUCAAAAACGAAACUGCAUGGGAUAGUAAAAGCUCCAAAUAAAAGCGUAACUUAGAUUAAAUGCCCAGUAAUUGAGGUGAUCUAGAGAUAUAUUCUUUUACAAAAACAAAACAAAAUCAUUGAACCGAGAGAAAACUUGAUUUUAAAUAAAUUGAUAAUAAGAACAUCCUAAAAACUUGUCUAGUUGCUUUACAUUUUUGGAAAAGGAAACAAUAUUAUUUUUUGUCCAACAAACCUUGCUUAAUGCUACUUACAUAUACAUAAAACCAGUUGCAAAGGCAAGCAUGUUCAUUGAAUAUUGAAUAAAUAAAUAUAAAUCUAAUUAAUCUCACUGUCUAUGUACAUGUAGAACUAUCUCUGUCAAC